AUGGAGGAGUUCAAGGAUUGGUUGGCCGCUGCAGAAAAGGAAGUGGAUACAAAAAUUAUCGGCCUAAAUGGAAACACCCUGGACGAUGUGAUUUCGCAAUUUGCGGUUCGUGAACUUCCUGUCUUCGUUGUAGAUUUC